AUGGCUCCUAAUCAUGAUAUCGCUACUCGUGCACUUGUUGUUACUCUUAAAUCCGUUGCAGGAAAGUCAAAUAGUGAGGUCUGUUACCUUACAGGCCUUCCUGAGUCUACUAUUCGAAGUAUAUAUGCCAAAGCUAUCAAGAGAGGAUUUGAAUACAACGCCUCACAACCUAUUACUAUCUGCAACGCUCACCUUGAAGAUGCUCCUCGCUCGGGACGCCCUACUAAAGAAACCGAGGCUGUACGUCAAUCUAUUACCCAGAAACUCUCAAGAGGGAGUCAAUAUCUCUGCUACAACAGUGCGCCGGAUACUCAAGAAGGCAGGCUACAAGAAGACGAAGCCGACGAGGAAGCCUGGGUUGACCAAGAAGAUGAGGGAGGAGAGACUAGCCUGGUGCAAGGAGCGAGAGAAGUGGACUCUUAA